GGAGAGAACGCUGAAGCAGGAAGAAACGUUGGGUCCGUCCGUCCGUAAGUACGUCCGCACGCACGCACGCUCGGACGGAACGGAACUUUCGUUUUAUUCCCUCCGAGAGACCUUUACUUUCCUGGAUGCAGCUGUACUGCCAGUUGCCAUGGAGAAGAUCAAGGAACAGUUUUCUAGGCUUCAAAUAGCAAAACGUUGUUCAGUAACAGAAGACCUAUCUUACUUAUUGGACAUAGAUAUUUCAAGAGGAGAAGUGGCUGUUUGCUGCUCCAAUAAAUCAAUCAGAGUUUACAACAGGGAGACAUUGUCCUUGCUACAAGAAUAUAAUAGCCAUCCUGCAUUGCUAAGUGGUGUCAGAUUUGCACAUACAAAUGAAAAUAUAUUAUUUUCAGCUGGCAGUGAUGGAUCAUUGAAGUGUUGGGAUAUUCGUUCAUCUAUUAUGAAGCCUGUACAGUUGUUUUGUGGCUAUCCUUCGAAUGUUUUCAUUAGCUGCGAUAUAAGCUGCAAUGACCUCGUAGUAUGUGCUGGCACAGAAAAAGUGGAAGAAGAUGCAUUUGUAACAUUCUGGGAUGCGAGAGGCUGCACAAAUAGUGUCCCUUCCAGCAAACAGCCACUAGGUGUCUACUCAGAGUCUCAUAACGAUGAUGUUACUAAAGUAUGUUUUCAUCCCAACAAACCACAUUUGCUUGCUUCAGGCUCAACUGAUGGAUUGGUAAAUGUGUUUGAUAUUAACGAAGACAAUGAAGAAAGUGCUCUGGUUUCCACUUGUAACUCUGAUUCUUCCGUAAGUUUUAUUGGAUGGGCUGGAAAAGAUUAUUGGCAGGUUUACUGCAUGACACAUGAUGAAGGAUUUUGUUACUGGGAUCUUACUCAGCUGGAUUCUGAAAAGUCAACUACAUUAUUGCAUAUUCCAGAUGUCAGAGAAGUAGAAAAUAUCAAACUGGAUUAUUUAAUUGGGGGUGUUUAUCAUGAAAAAGUGGACAAAUUGUUUGUUUUUGGAGGCAUGUCAACAGGAGGCAUUUGUCUCAUAGAGUGUUGUGCUCAUGAGCUGAAUUCUGUGGGAAUACUUCAAGGAGGACACUCUGCGACCGUUCGUUCCUUCUGCUGGAAUAUGGUUGAUGAUUCUCUAUUUACAGGAGGAGAGGAUGCAGAGUUGUUGCUGUGGAAACCAGGAGCUGUAGAAAAAGAUUUGAGUAAGAAGACUUCUAUGAAAGUGGCUUCCUCUGUCUAUCAGCAAACAAAAGUUCAUCAACAUUCCUUGAAAACAAAAAAAGUAAAGAAAUGAAGAGUCCCAUUUUUAAAGAGAUAGCUCUGUGUGUGUGUGUGUAGUAGAAGGACUCAAAGAGUGGUUGAAAUUUAAAGACAAUUGAAUGUGAUAACUGUUGUGUAGACUAGAACCUAUUUCAUUGUACACAGAAAUGUAUGCUGUAAUAGAUUUGUUUCUGUGGUGCAACAACACUUUCUGCUUGUAUGAGUUGACUUUUCAAA